UUUAACCAAUCAAAUUUUUUUGUGAUAUUACGAACGAUGAAUUCCGCAACGGGUUUAAACUUUCAAGUUUCUCCUCUACGCCUCAGGACAAAACUCUCGUCAUUUGUAAACAAGUUUCGUGUUGGGGGGAAGAUGCUGCACGAGUAUUUACUUUUAUUUUAAAUCAUUUCGAAUUUAAGGAUUCUAAAUUUUUAUCUUAGCUUAUAAAUAGAUUCUUAGUAAUGUAAAUUGAAAUAAAAGCCCAAAAUAAAUCAUUUGACUUUUCUUAAAACUCAGGUAUAUUGUUGACUUCCCUAACCUUGUUUUGUAGUCUGUACUCUACUGCUGUAACCACUUCCUGGAAAACAUUCAGAAUGUUAUGUUGCAACCCAUCAGACUGCUUUCUAUCCAGAGAUUUAAAUCCAGAAAUCAAUAAAGCCUCAAAGCAUAUUUCUUUUAAAAGUCCAUCAAGAGACUCAGAUGUUGUGGAUAAUCCAAAAGGAUGGAAAAACUUGAAUAUUAGUUCUGAAAACAAAACACUAUUUGAAACAAUGAAAAGCGAGAAAAACAGAUGGGAUUCGUUUGAUCGAAAAUGGCCAUUACCUUUUAUUAACGUCGGUGAGCUGGUUGCAUCUGGGUUCUUUUAUUUACAGUCGGACGAUAAAGUCCAAUGCGCGUUUUGUAAACUAAUAUUAUGCAGCUGGAAACCAGGAGACAAACCAUUAAAAGAACAUAUUAAAUCAGUCCCAAAAUGCCCUCUACUCACAAGAUCUGAAGGUGCAUCGCCGAGUGUCAAGUCAUUUUUUCCGUAUUCGACCGAGUCGUCCGUAUUGCAUUCUGUUUCCAACAAGCCGAAAAACCCUCGGAUGAUAGAUUUGAAGGAGAGAUUAUCGACGUUUAGGAAUUGGCCUCAUUCUACAAUAAAAAUUCUUGAUCUUGCUGAAUGUGGAUUGUAUUAUACGGGUGUCCAAGAUGCAGUGACUUGCUUCUACUGUGGUGGUAGUCUUUCUAAUUGGGAACCAUUUGAUGAACCAAUUUUGGAACAUGCAAAAUUUUAUCCCAAGUGUAACUAUUUAAGAAUGAUUCGAAACCGCCCUGCUUAUAAAAGGCUGAAAUCUGUUGGACCCAAUACUGGUGGAAAUUUUUUGUCAGACCAGCUUCCAGCAAACGAAGUUUUAAAAUCCGAUAUUGUCCAAAAGGCGAAAGAAAUUUUCCCUUCAUCAAUGGUUGAAGAUGUGGUUGUUCAAUCCCUUCAGAGGGGAGAAAUCUUUUCAUCACUUCAUCGUCUUUGUGAAAAACUUUUAGAACAAGAUACAAGAAUGAACCCAAGGGUAUCAAAGGUGGAAGAUUUGAAUGCAGUUAAGAAACCAGCAAGUACAUCAGCAUCCAGCUUUCAAAAUCCAGAUGCUACAAAUGAUAUGUUACUAUGCAAAAUCUGUAUGGAUGGAGAGAGGGAAGUUGUGUUUCAGCCGUGCGGUCACUUAAUAUCGUGUGAGAAAUGUGCCGAGUUAAUCACAAGAUGUCCUCUGUGUCGCAAAAAUAUCGAAAGCAGAAUGAGAACGUUUUUGAGUUAAAAAGUUUUUUCCUGAUAAAUUUACAGUUAAAUGACUUUUGACACAAAUUGAUAAAGGGAUGAACCCUUUUUUAAUUUUGUAUGUAAUUAAUAAUAAGUAAGUGUGAUUAUUUUAAUAUCAAAAUACUUAUAAAACUUCUAACAAAAUUACCACAAAUUUUGAUUGACUCUGAUUUUCAUUCUUUUGAAAAAGGGAGGAUUUCUGUAUUGGUACCGCCCCCAUCAAAAUUGGCAACUUCCAUGGAGUAGAACAAAGAGUAACUAACAAAAUCAGAGUAGGGGGUUAACUCAAGGGAUAAAACUUAUGCCGACCCACAGGAAAAUCCCUACUUAUUAUCCCAGUGGCAGAAUCGCUGCGAGAUGGUCGUAGAUUGUUAUAGUUCUUGCAGAAAGAUUUUUCUUUUGAAGUAGUGAAAAAUUUUAGUUUUCUUUUCAACAGAAAACUAAAAUUGAUAGUCACUUUUAGAUAAUCACUUUUUGAUGCGCUCAAUUUACACCGAUAGUAUCGUAAGUCGAUGUAAUGUUUCGAUUGUAUUUUCGCCAGUUAUUGAUAUUGAUUAUCAUGUGGUUUUUAAAUAUAAUAUAUUUCAAACAAUAUGGAAAAUUUGAAUAUUGCAUUUCAUUAUUCACUUUUUUACGCAAUAAUUUUAUUGAAUUUUUGCCCGUUAUUGCUUUAGAUGUCUCCAUUAUUUUUAAAUAGUUUUUUUUUUACACUAUAUUAUUUAUUACAACUACCUGAUCUCGAAACGAAACACGCAUUUGAGGAGUACGAUUCAUGUGAUUUUGUCAUCCAUCUUUUUAGCGUCAAUUACUACUACGGAUUUCAUGAUUUUUUAUUAUUUUGUUUAUUGUGAUGAUUAUUUACAAAAUAAUUUGUAAAUGAUCAUCUAAGAAGAAAAUAAUUUGUUCAGCCAACAAAAUGCAAGAAUAUCUCCCAUAGUAUUAAAAUGAAAAAUCAUUACAUAUUAAAUGAAAUGAUACAGUUUUUUUUUUAAUGUAAACUGCGCUUUUGUAAGUUUAAAUUAGAAACAAAUAUUUGUUUUUAUUAAAAGUAUCUUGCAGAAAGAUAUUGUUAAAGAGUUUAGUCGCAAAUAGCUCGAAUAAAUUCUGCCACUGGGCUUAUUAUUAAUUUUGCAAGUUAAAAACCCCAUAACGUUGGUAAGUGGGGGGAACAGGUACUGAUGCUGAAAUAAACUCUUACUAUAGUUCAUUCACCAGGAGUUGGCACCGCCUUCAUCACAUGGUAUCUGAGAUGAUUCUAUUUCGUUAUUUUUGGGAUGCGAACAAACCUGAACAAGGUAGCUAUUUAGAGAUUGUAUGACAAAAAUAUUAAUUACGCAAUCUUUGUGUCCACUUUUUUAACAUUUGCUGAUACUUCUCUCUUUUGAGUGAAUAGUUCGUCCUUUUUCAGAUAUUUUGCUGGGAUAACAGCAGUUUUUAAAUUUAAAAUAUAUUUAAUUAGCUAGAUUAACGAAAAGGUAUAAUAGCAGUAAGCGAGUAUAUAGCAGUAAGCAACUGAAAAGGAAUUUACUGUUUGGGGUUGUCUCAAUUUUCUCCUCUUACUCCCUUUCUGAAAUGAAAUCUGCAUCCGAGGAGGUGGCGUCCAGUGCCAACUUCUGGUGAACGAACUAUAUUUGUUUUUUAGAAAUAAUUAGCCCAAAAUGUACAAUCGUAUCAAAAGAAAAUAGGGUGAUCUUUAGUCUUAAGAGAACGCCAUAGCGUGGGAGAAACUUUUCAUUGCAAAUUUUCUUUCACCUUCAUUACUAAUUUAAAAGAAAGAAAAACUGAGUACACACAAUUUAGAGUAAGCAAUAAAGUUUAAAUUGCUGAAAAAAUUAUAUUGAAAUAUCAAAAUGCACACAAAUUAUUGGAAGAGAACUUCCCCGUCUUGUAAUCCUAAGUUCUCCUAUUUUAUUUUCAUUUGCAUGUUUCAAAAUUUUCUUUUUAGUGUUUUAAACUUCAUGGUUUAUUCUAGGAUUGUCUGUACUCAUUUUUUCUAUACUUAAAAUUAGUAAUGGAGGUGAAUGAGAUCAUGCAACGAAAAUUUUCUCCCAUGAUAUAGCGUCCUUUUAAAGUAGUAACACAAAGUACAAUAUGUAAAGCACACAAUUUUCUUUUUAACUGUUAUUUUUGCUUAACAUGUUUUAUUAUGCCAUUAUGCACAUUUGCAUAGCUUUUAGUACAUAAACUUUAGAGACCUAAACACCAAUUAUACUAUAUAAAAAGAAAUUUAAAUCCUUUAGUAAAUCAAUUAUAAUCAUGUUCUUUUGGUUAAAAAGUACAUAAAAUUGGUUGAAAAAUGUAAAUUAGUGAUAAUCUUAAAAAAUAAAAAAAGAAUGUUUCUGGCAGACUGCUUAGCAUUCUACUCAAAGAAAUGUGAUUGAAAUUAUGUGUAUAUAAUGUUUGAGCCUAGUCUUUUUCCCUGAUGUUUCCUAAAAAUAUAAUGUGGAAAACUAUGUAAAUAAUGUAAAAGAGUAUACUUUGUAACAAAUAAAGUAAAAUUGUGACUGAAUGCGCAUAUAAAGGCACAAAAAUGGACAUAGUUUAGUUUUAUAUAUA